CGAGAUCAGUUCGGACAAUCAGGCCUGAACGCGGACAUUCAGCCCGAGUAUACGUAGCUGAAAAUUCGUGUGUCGCUGCCGCUCAUCAUGAGAGUGCCAAAGUAAAAGCAAAUGACGUGUACGAAUCGGGCAACAAUGUUAUUAACCAUGUAAUCAAUGAAGCUGUCAUCAGACAUGGCAGGCAGGGCUUUCUGCGUUAAAGUGCAGUUGGAUAUACACGCGGUAACGUGCCCUGGCGUUUGGUUGUGCCCUAAUGGCAAAGUGGCUCUGCAGCUUAACAUGUUGAAUUCCUACAUGGAGACUCACAGAAUAAGGCCCGUUUUUCCGCUAUUGUUCCACGAUAAAUUUGCCUGCAGUAAAGUGUUCAGUGGGGUAGUUUCUCUGGCGGAGCUGCAACAUACCUUAGAGCAAGAGUUCCUGUACGCGGAAUUGAUACAAUGGGCAACACCGACCAGCCGCGGCAUCACUCUGGCCAUAUUUGAAACAAACUUGGCGGACUUACUGUAUCCCGCGCCAUGCUUCAAAGGCCUGCUGGCUGGCGUGGACAUAGACUUGCUGAUGGAGCCGACCAAAUGUUACCCUGGUAUCAUCGCGCCCAAAAUCGAGAUUUCUACUAGAACAGUUGUCGAAGAAGUACUGGGCUCCUACGACACAAGUAUGAGCAAAUGUUAUGUCAUCAAUCCAAAAAUGAUAAAUUCUAAGCAAACGUGUCAGAGAAAAAGACCGGUUAAGGGUAUUAUAAGACAACGAAGAGUGUGUCAUAGUAAGAGUAAGCCAAGAUCUCAAAGCUGCCGACCAUAUCGUCAGAGAUCCAGCAGCGUGGGUGAUUCUCGUCAAUGUCCCUUUUGCACCACGAGUCAUCAGACGGGAUCACGGCUCGAUCAGUGUUAUCAUUCGAGAAAAGAUUCUACGUGCGUUUCUCGACCGUAUUGUCAGAAACCAGCCGAAACCGCUGUCAUAUGUGAUAGUGUCCAUGUUAUGGACAACUGCCCAGUUUGUUUGAAAUACAAUUGUUAUUUUUCUAAGUGUUACUUGGACGACUCGGACAUUGCCAAGAAAUACGUUGACGUUAAACAAAGAUAUCACAGAAAUUCAUCCGAUAGAGAAUGCUGCUGUGUCUCUAGAUUAAAUAGUGCAUCCGACACGCAAGAAGAAGCAACGACGUCAUUAUUGCAAUCUAAAAUCAGAAAUCUUCAGAGGACUAGAAAAGAAUUCUGCGUUGCUGAAGCUGUGGCGGAGAAUGUGGAAGAAUGUAAUCCGAGUUGCCAAUUCACUCGUGAUUACUCGGGGCAUGGAUUUUACAAAAACCUGGAAAAAUUUUACAAAAGGAUGUACAAGCAAGCGAAAAUGCGGGCGCAGGAAGUCGAUGGUUGAUGUAUAAUAAUUAUACCCUCAUCGCUCAUUUUACUCUACCGAGUUGUAUAUUAUAAUAUAAAAUUUGGGAACAAAGUGAAUUAAAUGUUUUAUAUCUACACGAUGUUCAACGAAGAGAAAGAAUAGAUAUGUGAUUCAAAGUAUUAACCGAUGUGAAUCGUGUAAAACAAGUGUUAAUAUAAGAAAUUGUUCAAUUAUUAACACAUUUCAGCCAUUGUAGUAGGUGCAUUUAGUGACAAUAUGUACAUGUAUUUCUAAGUAAUUAAAUCGAUUAAAUAAACAACUAUGUGACAUGAGAAUAUCCUAGGAAUAAAAAUAUGGAUAAGAAA